AUGCGAAUUCUCUGCCGCAGGACCGUGGCGGCGAUGCUCGCCGACGCGCUGGGCUGCGGCUUCGUCGAGGCGGACGACCACCACUCCCACACCAACAAAGAGAAGAUGAGCAGGGGCGUCCCGCUCACGGACGAGGACCGCCUCCCGUGGCCGGAGUCGCUGCGCGACGCCAUCAGAGAGCGGCUGGACCGCAGCGAGGACGUCGCCGUCAGCUGCUCGGCGCUGCGGCUCAAGUAUCAGCCGAGCGGCGAGACCGGGACGAGCGGCGAGACCGGGACGAGCGGCGCGAGUGCCGUGCAGGCGGCCGGACUGAGCGGCUAUGGCGCACGGGCAUAA